GGCAAGUUGUGCCAUGUGUUUACGGUAGUUUUCAGUUCUUUCGCUGACACAUGCUUUCCAGAUUUUCGAUGCAGGAGUUUUGUACUGAUUUGAUUUUACUGCAAGAUGAGGCUGGUUUAUAAAGCAUUUACCAUUGCACACUCCAACAUGCAACAACUGAUUAUGAUACAGGAUAUUCUUGGAUAGUAAAUCUGAUGACGUUAUGGACAACAAAAAGAAGUUGCCUCGUUUUGUCGGGGUUGAACCCCCAUCUGAAAGGUCUCAGAAGAAGAAACAUGGAUCACAAGUGGAACAGGAACAAAUUCAGAAGAGAACCUUCACCAACUGGAUCAAUGCCCAGCUGUCUAAGAGGAGUCCUCCGGUUACUGUGCUGGAUCUUUUCAAUGAAUUCAGAGAUGGAAGCAGACUGUUGGAUCUGCUGGAGGUGAUGAGUGGUCAGAGAAUGAGCCGGGAGAAAGGAAGGGGGACAUUUCAGCACAGAUCAAACAUUGAGAAAGCUCUAGCGUUCCUUAUGAGGAAAUCGAUCAAACUGGUCAACAUCAAUGUCUCGGACAUCAUGGACGGCAAGCCUUCCAUCAUUCUGGGUCUGGUCUGGACCAUCAUCAUGCACUUUCAUAUUGAAGAGUUGGCCAGCACAUUGUCCUUUAGUUCUCGUCAGUCGUCUCUGGAGUCGCUGGCGAGUUUGGACUCUCGUUCCACCAGCAGCAGUGCCCGCAGCAGUCCAGUGCCACCCCGUGGUUCACCCCUGCACGCACGUUUCCGUAUAUCUGCCAAGAAAGCCCUGCUGCUGUGGGUCAGAGAGCAGUGCCAGAGGGCUGGUUGUACUCUGAAUGUGAAGGACUUUAAGGUGAGCUGGAGGAGUGGCGUUGUAUUUUUGGCUAUACUUCAUGCUCUAAGGCCGAACAUAGUGAACCUAACCAGAGCCCGAACAAGAACGAACAGACAGAACCUGGAGGAAGCCUUCCACGUUGCUGAAAGAGAACUUCACAUCCCCAGACUACUAGAUCCAGCCGAUGUUGAUGUUAGGGAUCCUGAUGAAAAGUCUAUAAUGACUUAUGUUGCUCAGUUUCUACAGUACUCUAAAGAUACUUCUGUUUCUGAUGAAGAAAUGCAGUAUCUCACUCCUCCUCAGCGUCUCUCUCCUGUCAAUCUGCCAUCAGACUUUACUCCCUCUAUAUCUGCGUCACCUCUAAGACAGACCUCAGCCAAUCAGAAGGCUCAGGAGGUCACAUGCUGGUUGGAUCAGGCCUAUCAGGAGCUGAUAGAGGGAUGGGACUCCACAGAGGGAGAGAGCUAUGCUGAAAGAUACCAAGUCUUCCACACCUUCAUUGUGUCCUUCAACGAGCAGAGGCGCCCCGUAAUGCCGUUACUAACAGCGAUGAAGAGGACACCUCAGCUCAGUGUAGAGCAGAAAGCCCUCAGACGAGCAUGGGACACUCUUGCUGAGAAGCUGCGCGAGUAUAAAACAGAGCUGGACCUGAGUCUCCCAUCUCCACUGGACGUUGUGGGCCGCUGGUUGUUGCGUAUUGAAGAGGUUUUAUCUGCCGAAGAGGGCGAGCGAAUGGAUCAUGCUCGAGCUGCGGAGGAGGCCCGUGAGAAACUCGAUCUACUAAAGGUGUGUUUGGAGGAGAUGUCACAUCACAUCAAGAGGUUUAAUAUGUUUCAAAACACAAAUGAGUUUGGAGAGACACUGGUGCCGACAGACAAGAUGGAAGAGAUGAAGAGAAGGUUCACCAGUGUCCGUGUAACAGCUAAAUAUCAUGGUAUUAAACUGGAGUACCAUGAGCGCAGACACACAGUGUUAGACCUGCUGAAUCAACUCAAAAUUAAACUGCGUACUUGGAAAAGAGCCUACAUUUCCCAGGAGUCUGUACGUGUGCUAAUGCAAGACUGGAAUGAGACGGUGAACAAACAGGACUUAACCUCUUUGUUGGAUGGAGCCCUCCACAGAUUUAAACAAAUUGCUAACAAAUACACCAGCAAGGCUGCCUUGGCUGGAGACUCUACACAGGUAAAUCGCCAGGUGGCUGAUAUAGAGGCAGAUGUGACGGCAACUCUGGAAGGUAUACGGAUGAUGAGGGGAACUAUGGGACGUGUGUUGGCAGCAUGGGACUCUUACAGUGAUAUCUAUACCUCAAUGCGCGCAUGGCUGGAGCAGGGUCCACAUAGUCAGCGACUUGGACAGGGAACAGAGGUGACAUUGUCAGUGAUGUCAGAGUGGAGUUCUCGGCAAGCUCACCUGAACGAGGUGGCCAACUUCCUGACUGAGGUCACAGACCCGCAGACUAGCCGCGCUAUUUCAGACGAACUCUGCAAGAUAAAUCUGCUCUGGGCUGACUUUGCUAAAACAGCGCAGUUUUCUUUGGCUGAGGAGCCCAGUGCUGGCCAAUCUAGUCCUCAGACUGUUCAGGCCCUCAUGAGGGAGACUACUCAGUUACUGAAAGAACCUGUGGAUGUGGUUUCUGGAUCGCUACGUACUUAUACAAAGAGACUACAGCUUAUGAUGAAGAAAAUAAAGGAUGUGGAUCUAGAAGCCCUCUCCCCAUCUCUAGACUGCUCUCCAGAAACCCUGAGCAAACUUCUGCAGGCCAUUCCUGAGGUAUUGCAGACACUCUGUGAGGCUGAACAGGUGUGCGAUGAGCUGCGUGUGAGUGUGAGUGGGUUGGAUGGGCGUCUAGCUGAACUGUUACACUGGGAGAUGGAAGCCAGAGAGCUGUAUCAGCUCCUGAAGGAGGAAACACACAGGCAGAAGAGAGGUCAAGACCCUAGAGCCCGGUUGUUAAUUUCGAGAGGGCUACAGUUAGAGGGUCAAGUGGUUAUGGAAGAUCAGGAUCUGCAGGUGAUGGUCAUGACUGGUCAGAAGACUUCACCACUGCAGUAUCUCAUUGCAUCCACCAUGCAGGACAGGGUCCGCUCUGUGGUUGAAAAGUCACAGGAAGCCGUAGGCAUGCUUAGCUCUUUGGGGUCUUGCAGAGACAGAAGCCCUGUUGGAGACCAGCCCCCUUCCAAAAUUUUUGUCCAAUAUCAGGAGGCAGAGGAAGAGUCCAAAACCGAGAAGCUCUCCUCCCAGCCUAUCUCUGCUUCAGGAGCCCCUAGCCAAACUGAACCCCAGCCUGCAGUCAGAGCAAAAGUCCCAGUACCUUCUCAGAAACCAUCAGGAGUACCUUCUCAAGCUGUAGAUCUCAAGAGCCAGCCAUAUAGUCAGCCUGUGCCUAUGAUUGUUGUACAAGAUUUUGAAGAAGAAAACAGGAGUCCACAACCCCAAAUGCACCCCUGUGAGCAAGUGAAAGACUCUCAGUCUGUUGAGCAAGUGAAAGGCUCUCAGUCCAUUGAAGUGAAGGCACAGAAAUGUGUCCAAGCUCAAGCAAAAAUCAAAGAGCAUCAUGUUGAAAGCCAGACAUCUUUACCACAGUCUGAGACACAAAAACAGACAGACAACCAGUGGAAGAUGCAGGCUCCAAUUGCUAGCCAUCCCUCACAUAACCUGCAAAAAGCAGCAUCACAAGUUCUUAAUGAACAACAAUUAGAAACACAGCCACACGUGCACAUCCAAAAACAAGAAACAACUCAACUUACAAAACAGCAGAAGGUUCAAGCUCAAACGGCAAUCCAGUCACAGCCUCAGGGCCAAUUAGAAACACAAUCACAGAAAGAUAUUACAUGUCAACAUCAAGCUCCAAAGCAGAAGAGGAAAGCAAAAAAAUCCCAGGCAAAUCUGCAAAACAGACCAUGGCUUCAACAGAGGAGUCAACUGGAAAAUGUUACCCAAAAACCAGCUCAACUGGUGCCACAAUCUCAAUCAGAGCCAGAGGACAAGGGUCAAAUAAGUCCUCAAGCCCCACCACAACAUAUAGUGGCUGUUAGCUCACCUGAAGCUCAGGGACCUGUUCAUGGCAUGGUGACAACACAGUCUAAAAGCAUUGUUGAGAGUGGUGAGAAACGCAUGAAGCAAGCUCAGCCUUUUGCACAAGAGGAACCCCUUAUAGUGACACAAAAACUACCUCUAACUGUGCCAGCAGUUGCAGCACAACCAGUGAUUCAAAAACAACCACAACAGUGUGUGUCCCCACUGAUUAGUCAACAAGUAUUAACCCAACAUCCACCUCAACCCUAUAUAUCAACUCAAGCACAAGCAACUACACAAUACUCACAAGCAACUGCACCUAUUCAGCAACAAAAGCAACCUCAAACACCGAUAUUGACACCACAGCAACCUCAAGUGAUUACCCUGAAACAGGCACAACCUCAAUCCAUGACUCCCAUGCAACCACAAUGGCAGCCACUACAGACUUUUCCACAAUCUCAUCCUGCACUGCCGCAACCACAAAGAUUUCCAGUGACGCAAACAAUGCCUCAAGGCAUUUCCAGUCCAGGGCAGCAGUACCCAACAUAUCCUAUUCAACCACAAGUAAUUAUGCAGAGACAACAGUCACCACAUAGUGUAGUGCAGACCCAGCAACCCACACUGCACAAUCCGACUGUAAUUUCCCCUCAGAACAAAGGUGCAUCCUCCAUACAACCCAGAAUCAUCUCUAUGCCUCGACCCCAGAUGCCUGUUCAAUCUCAAUCCCAAACUCAGGUCGAAGCACAGGGAAGUGCACCACUUAUGAUUCAACCACACGGGCAACCACAGUGGUAUCAACCAGGAGAUGUCUCCCAAACUUACCCCAAAGUCCAUGGACCAAUUUCUGUUGCUGCCCAAAUGCAGCCUCUGGCCCAUUUCCAAACUCAUCCCCAGCCUCAAAGUGUCCCUCCAUCUCAACCUAAGCAGUGGUCAACAAUAAGACCAGGUAUAGUGCCCCAGACCUACUCCACUGUUGAAUUUUCAGGUCAGAAAGUCCAAACUCAAUCUCAAAUGGCAGUUUACCCUAAAACUCAGCCGCAACCACAGCCUCAGCAGUGGCCCCCUGCUAGACCAGUAUCACCUUGGGAUCAAUCACAGAUAAGACCCCAACAUCCAGCACAGCAUAUGGUUCCCUCUCAGCAAUGGAGACCUGUCAGUCCAGAGAGAGUCAGCCCAGUAUACCCAAAGGUUGAAUCUCAAGGGCAUGGACCAUAUCCUCAGCCCCAAUAUCAAGCCCUUACGAGAGCACAAAGUCCUCAACGGCAGUGGGGUCCAGUCCGACCAGAAAAUCAGUUUCAAGUCUCUUCCCAGACUAUGUCUCAUAGUGUUCUCCAGCCAGUAGCUCCAUGGAAUCAGCCACCGGCUCAAACUCCCAUAAGAUCUCAGAGUCCACAGCAGCCUCAGCAAAGUCAGCAGAAGUGUGGUUCAUCCAGGAUAGAGGCCCCAUCUGAAACUCUCAUCCAAAGUCAAGCUGCUCAGACAGAGCCUCAGUCCCAAGAUCUGACAAAACCUCAGUUACCAGUACAGGAACCGCCCCAACAGCAGUCAGCUCCUCGGGUUAAGCAGCCAGCACUUGCCCAGGCUCCCCCUAAAGCCUAUACUGAGGCUUAUAUAAAGGCACAGGCCCUGGUUAGGAAUAGAUUUGAGGAAGCCAAGCACUGUCUUCAAGAGCACAUUCUCGAAGCUAUCAAUGUAUUCAAGGAUAAGCGAAUAACAGACGAACAGGCAUCAGUUAAGGAGGAGACGCUUCGGACUCUGGACCCUGAACUCCUUGAAGAGUUCUUGAGGGCUGCAGAAGGGAUGGAAGCUUUCUGCACCCCAUCUGAACUUAGAGACAUGGAGUUUUUCACACAAUCUGUCAGAACACAGUGGAAGGCUGUUCGAGAGCAAAUAUCAGAAUUUUUGAGGCAACUAAGAUUUGAGCUAACCCGCCUGCAUUUUAACCGAAUGGUUGAGAUAUGUGAGAUGCACUUUAAGAGGGAUAAACUCAGGCUUAGGCCUGAAUCAAUAUCGGAAUCAAAGGGAGAGGCCUGUUUUUCAGCAGAGGGCAGUCUGGCAGAGGCAGGGCAGCAGCUUGAAGCUCUAAAGGAGUUGUGUGAUACUCUGAGCCCUGAGGACGCACACAGGCUCGCACAAGCCCAACUCAGAGAAUGUGAGAGACGGCUUGCUGCCAUCCAGCGGCAGUUUAGUGGAGACAGAGAUACACCUCCUCCGGACACUGGUUCACAAACAGAGCAAACCCCUGAGCCAUCCCCUCAGAAAGCACUUACAGCCUCACCACCAGCUGAGAAGCCCAAAGAAGUUAGUUCAGAGGCUGGUUCACCGGUUAGCCCCCAGCGACCGAGAACUGUGGAGAAGAGGGAGAUAGUGAAACAAACGAGUACAGAAGAGGACAGGUACCGCAGCUCCAGAUUUGCAUUACAAGCUCAGCUAAACAGAAAUGAGCAAUGCAUGCUGGGAGAUCGUCCCUCAGAAUCAGUCACUCCCACAGACCUGCAGAAAAGACUAAGAGAAUUAAAGUCUCUGUGGGACGAGACGGAGACUUUGUGGAAGGAGUAUGAAACACUGUGUACGAAAUGUGUUCAAUUCAACGAACGAUCUGUUGAGCAAGACCGAAUGGAGCUUACUGUCAGGUGGAGAGAGCAGAGGUCACAGUUACAGGGCAGGGUGGAUUCACUUGGAGCAGCACUCGAGCUCAUGGACUCCAUUACGCUGAAAAUCUCGGAGUUUUCUGAAAGGCUGGAGAAGUUCAUUAAAGAGCCCAAAGACAUUAAAGGAUAUACACUAGCUAACCCUGUCAUUCUGAAAGAUGUGAAGGACCUAGAUGAAAGCAUCCAGAUAGAGAUGGAUCGUCUGUCUCGAUUUGACUCUGAACCCAGUCAUCUGGACCUGCGAGACCGAUCACCUCUGACUCAAGUGGUUCUGAGCCACAGAUCCAGCCUGGACCGUCUCAGGCAACAAGUGCGCAAGAGCGACGCUGCUGCCCGAGCCCUCGACCGCUUCCUUAUGUCCCUGCAGACCGUGGAGCUCGAUGUCUCUUCUGUGCAGAGUGCCCCUAGCAAUGAUCAUGUGGUACUGCAGGACAGCAGGUCUAAGCUGGCACUAAUCAGGAAGGGAGUCAGCAGCCUUAAGGAUAAGGCUCCACAGCUGGACCAGCUUUUGGGCGGAGCACAACUCGAGGUGACCCAGGACGGGAGCCCUGUUUCCUGUCUGGAUAUGGUCGGCGUCCUGGUUCACAGGGUGGAAGAGGCAGAUGAUCGUCUGAUGAUUCGACAGAAUGAGCUCCAGAAGGAACAGCAGAACCAGGGACUCGGCCUGAGGAGGAAGACUAUGCAGGCUGAGCUGAGAAAGGUGCAGGGGGCAGCAGAAAAACAAGGUCUAAAGGAUCCAACCAUGCCAGCUGUACAGCACCGGAUUCGAGCGCUGUCCGAUCUGGAAUCACAUUUGAACUCUCUUCGCCCUGAAUACCAAAGCAUCAAGAAGCAGAAAGAGGACCCUGAUCUAGCAGACGAAGAGCUGGACUUUCUUUGGGAAGAGACUGAGAAAGCUGUAUCUGACAGACAAGAGCAGUGCACGGUUCUGAUGGAGCUGCUGAAGAAGUUUCAGAACUGUCGCAGUUACCUAAGUAACACUCUCCAGAGGGCGGAGCAAACGAUCAAUGAGCAGGCAUCAUACAUGGGCAAAGAAAACCUGCAACGUCUCCUAGCAAAAGUUGUUGGCAUAAAGGAGGAUCUUAAUGGCCUCGGACCCAAGAUGGAAGAGUUCAGAUCUGUGUGCAGACAGUUGCAGUCUCAGCUGAAGAAAAUUCCUGAUUGCUCAGAAACUCCUUUUGAGAUAGAGGCAGAUGCUUUGGUGGACUCAUGGCUGGAUGUGUCAGAGAAGACAGACGGUUACAUGGAUAACCUGCGUUUGGGUCUGGAGUUGUGGGAGAAACAGCUGGUUCUGGGUGGAGAGGUGGACAGCUGGACUUCAACUAAACUCAUCAUCUUCUCAGAGUCUCACCCCUUCAGCAGUGAGACGGAGAUUCUCAGCAUGAAGAAUGAGAUUCAGUAUCAGGAGGACAACCUUGAACACUUUCACAGGAAGUUGCUAGAGAUCCAGGAACUGCUGCAAAGCAAAGAAUCUCCACUUGAGUUACAGGUAAUGGAAACAAACCUAAGGAAGAAAAUGGAGCAGGUGAAAGAACUCUUCUCCGACUGCACUGACGUGUUCCAGGAGCUCCUCACAGUUAAAGCUCAUUUGGCUGAAAAGAUUGACACUUAUCAAUCAUCUGUGAAGAAUAUACGCUCCUCAGUAGAUACGAUUAGCUCAGAGGAUCGCACACAGCUGGAUUUGCAUUUACAGGACUUGUGUGAGCAGCUUUUGGACCAGGAGGAGCAAGCCGAUUCUUUGCUGAAGGAAAUCAGUCUCAUGUCCAGCAUUACUGGACCGCAGGUUUUGGAGGACCUGACCAAUCACACCAAGCAUCUCAAAGACAGCAUUGCAGAAACACGAGAUCUGAUUCACCAAAAGAAGGAACAGGGGGAGAGAAGCUUCCUUCAGACAAUUAAAGAAGAGUUCCAGUCAUUUGAGGAAUGGUUGCAGGAUGAGCAGCUCUCUGUGAAUGAGUGUUUUGAAAACCCUGAGAGGAAGCAGGAUGUCGAAAUGUCCAUGCAGAGAUUGACAAGUUUCCUGGCAUCUAAAGAAGGAGAAAAUCGUCUGGCCCAGCUGAAGGAGAGAUUUGAGAGAGGCGAACAGGCAAAGGUUCCUUCUGAGGCUCAAGCUUUGCUCUCCUCAUGGCACCAGGAGCAGGAAGGAGAACUGGCCACACUCAGGGCUCACUGCCAGGGACGCCAUAAACAGCUAGAUGACAUCCUCCACAACCUCAACAGUUUGCAAGAGGAACAUAACCAUUUGAAGGAGUGGCUUCAGCACAGGGAGAAAGUGCCAACACAGAGAGAAAAAGUUCGACAAAUCCAAGAGGAGUUUCUUAAGGAAAGUGGUCGUAUAGAGGCAUUCAAUGACCUGUUAUCCACUGUAAGGAUGCGUGGCCUGAGGGGAGACCCUUUCCUUAGAGACAGCGAGACCCUGAUAGACCAAUACCACAGCCUGGGGAUUCUUUUGGAAAAUCAGGCCCAAGUCCACAAGACCCUCGAUGAUCAAACUGAAACAUUCCAAUACAAUGCAGAGCAGAUUAGAGCCUGGAUCAGAGAUAUAAAGCAAGGACUUGAGUGCAUGGACACAGACACGCCAAACCAAAAGAAACACAUGGAUGCUCAGGCUGUUCUGAAUCUAAGAGCUGAAGGUGAUUCUAAACUGGUGGCUCUAAAAGAAGAGGGUGAUGCUCUAUGUGCUCAUGAGAUUUUGGAGGACACCAGAAGACAGGAGCUCAUUCACACCCUUAGAAACAUUGAGGAUGAGUGGAAGAGAGUUCUGGAUAUGGCUCAACAAUUAAAACAUCAGGCAGAACUUCAAGACACACUCUCCCAGGAACUAAAAGAUCUACAGGCCCAGGAAGAGAGCACGCAAUCCUGGGUGAGAGAACAACUGCAAAUGCUGCACUGUCUGGGGAAGGAACUUCAGCCACAGGAAAAACUAAUUAAAGUACAGGCUGUAUUGGACCUUGGUGAUGAAGCUGAUUCCAGAUUGGCCAGUUUACAGAGACAAGGGAAAGAUGUAUGUUCUUAUAAAGAGCUUGACAAUGAGAGGAGGAGCCACAUUGACCAAACCCAGAGAGCAAUAGAAGAGGAGUGGAGGAAAGUGCUACAACUUGCCCAAGAGCUCAAGAACCAGGUCAAGCGUGAGGAAUCUCUCUACAGAUUGAUACAAACCUUCUGUGAUCAGGGAGAGGACACUCAAUCCUGGAUUAGACGGCUCAGAGAGACCAUGGAUUCUCUUCGUGUUACAUCUUCCAUUCAAGAGAGGCUUAAUGGAGUUGAGGCAGUACUAGCUCAUAGAUCUGAGGGGGACUCGAAACUUGCUGACUUAAAGACAAAGGGAGAGAGUCUAUGUUCCUGUGAAGAUCUAGAAGAAGACAAAUCCAGGACAAUCCAACAGACUUUACAAGAUGUACAGCAAGAGUGGACAGGACUUUUGACGGAUGCUCUUGAGCUGAAGAACCAAUCAGAAUUUGAGAAUUCUCUUUCCAAGGACCUUCAGGAUCUUCAAGAACAAGAGGAGCACACUAAAUCUUGGAUCAAAGAGCAGUAUCUGAAGAUUGAAUUGCUAGGUGAAGAUACUCCGUUACAAGAGAGAAUGAAUGGAGCUCAGGCCAUCCUGAACUCUGAAUCAGAGGGAGAUUAUAAGCUUGCCACACUGAGGAGGAAAGCAGAGGGUAUGUGCUCUCGAGAAGGUCUGGAGGAGAAGAGAAAACAGGAAAUCCAACUGAACCUAAGAUCCAUUGACGAAGAAUUGAAGAAGGUCCUGGCAAGAGCUCAGAAACUAAAGAACCAGGCUGAACUCCAGGAUUCUCUCGAAAGGGAGCUUCAGAAUGUAUAUACCCAGGAGGAGACCACCAGGUCCUGGGUUAAGAACCAGAAAGAUGGCCUAGACUCACUGGGAACAAGCACUCAUGGUACACAGAACCAGAUUGAGGAGAGACUAAGCAAAGUACAAGCAAUUGUAAGUCUUCACUCUGGGGGCAACUCUAAGCUUGCCACCCUGAAAAGGACAGUAGACCAUCUAUGUAUCCGUAAAGAUCUUGAUGAAGACACAAGACAUUCUCUCACUGAGAAAAUGAAAAACUUAGAGGAGGAGUGGAAGGCAACACAGCAGCAAGCACAGGAGCUGCAUAGUCUGCUGAAAAGUGUAGUGGAACGCCUGGUGUCCUGCCAGUGUCAGAGAGAACAGCUUCAGUCUCUUCUGGAGCAGGUGAAACAGCAGACAGCUGCACUGCCACAUCACUUCCCCUGGCCUGGUUUAGGGGAUCGAAGGCACACAGUUGAGCAGGCCAAGAGUCUACUAGACCGUACCAGAGCCCUGACCCCGUCUCUGUCUGCUGUCCGAGCACUCGGGAGGGAGAUGAGCCAGCUGACCCGUGAUUCCAGCUGGAUCGAUCCAUCCUGGGCCACCAUGGAGGAGUCCAUACCUGAGUUGAUCAAAGAGAUUACUGAGUUUUGCCUAAAUCUUGAAGAGGAAAUACGGAGAGAGCGAGUUUGUGCUCAGCUAGUUGAGCAGCACACCGUAGCUCAGGAUUGGCUGAGAGAGCAGGUCAAAGGUUUCGGCACCCUGCCCACUGAACGCCAUGCGUUACAAGGCUCUAUUAACACUCUUAAGGCACUUCUUCAGACCGUAGACAGGGAGAAGAGAGAAAUGAAAGAACUGGAUGCUGUUAAAGAUUCCCUGAUGGACCUUUGCACUCCAGGAGGUUGUGAUGCUCUGACCUUAGAGGUCAGCCAUCUUCAUGACCUCUGUGUGUUCUCGGAGAAGGAGAUGAGGGAACGGUUAUCUGUGUGUGAGGCCAGAUUGAGUGAAAUCGAUCUAAGGAUUGCUGGAAGGGCACAGAUUCUCAGGGAACAGGCAGAGAGCCUCCUGGAUGAGCUCCGUGCUCAGGACAACGCUUUAGGAUUUCUGGUGGGUAGCCAGAAUAUCAGCCAGCUGCAGGAGAACUGGCAUAGCUUCAAGACAUGUGAGAGAGACGUUGAGGCUUUAGAGGGCAAAGUUUGUGACCUUAGUCAGGCCCUUCGAAUGCUCCCACCUGAUGAAGAGCCCCCUAUUGAUGUCAUUUCCAUAGUGGACAAAGUUGAACAGCAAUAUUGCAGUCUGCGAUCAAAACUGUCGGAAAGGCAGAAUGACUGUGCAGACAGCACUGUGCAGUGUGUGAGACAAGCCUUACAAAACAUACAGUCAUGGAACCAGAUGACUCUUGCAAAUCCUCCCACCAGCUCAGCCUCAUCCACGCAGGCUGCAAUUGAGGAAGGUGUGAAACUAUGUAAAAGCCUGCAAGUGGCGCUAUCCCAUAAAGAACUCCUGAGGGACUGUCUAGGCCCUGACUUGGCAGGCAAACUUGAAAGAGAUGGACUGAAAACACUAAACGAGGCAGAAAGUAAAACAAAUGACCUUAAACAGGAUCUUAAGAAUUUAGAGGAGAAUGUGAAGCAGGAAGCUCAGAGGUUGUCCCUAGAGGCUCAAAGCAUUCAGUUGGAAUCACGGGUUUCUGCUGUGACACCAUCAAUCAAGGAGUCUGAACAGUUGGAAUUUCUUUGUACCUCAUCCUUUAUCACUGAGAGCUGCAAAAUGAUGGAUAACCGUGAGCCACAGGAUCAAGAUGUGGAUUUUUCUCUGCAAGUUGAUUUUAACACUGAAAUCUUGCAGAGUCCAGCAGAGGAAGAGCCAAAGGGACCCACAAUGAAGGAUAUCUUUGUGGAGAUCAAAAACAUGACUGAAAAAGGACUAAAAAGUGUACUCAUGGAGGGUAUACCACAUGAAAGUACAGAGAAACUUCUUGACACGUCCAGCACUGAUCUUGAAGCUCAGUUAAAAAGGCUAGUGUUCCAGUUACUGGACCUUCGAACUUGCCCAGCUGCUCUGAACUCCACAGACAUGGCUAAACAAUUAGAGGAGGCUGAGGAAUGUAGAAGGUGUGCCCAGAGACAGGUAUCUAUGCUGUCUAGGCAAGACCAGGCUAAUGGAGACAUUGGCUCUGGCACUAAUGGCACAGUUCAUGACCCCGAGGGCAUGCAACAGCUAAGCGCUCAAUGGAGCGCAGUUUUGUGGGAUGCAGCAAGCUCUGUUCAUUCCAAGGAAGUACAAUUGCAGAUGGUUACAGAUUUUGACCGACAGACCAAAAAAGUCAAAACUACUCUGGAGAGACUCAAAACUGAGCGUGAGGCACUAAGAACAUCUCUAGCCAUAAGCAGUUUUGCUGAGGAGGAGAGGCUACGCUCUUUCUUGAGAAACAUGGAACAGGAAAGGACAGCUCUCGGUGAGCUGAUUCAAACUUGUUCAAAACUCUCCCCCCACCUCAGUCUGUCUGAAAGACAAGCAGUGGAAAUACAGCAAAACAACUUGCAACACCAGUGGAGGGCCCUGGAGAAGGAUGCAGAGAUUGCUCUCUACAUGGUUAACGCUUAUGCUAAAGAAAGUGCCAGCCUUCUUCAAAAUGUCGGUGCCUUAAAAUACCAUCUCAAGAACAUUCAGAAAACCUUGGAUCCAUUGAAAUUCUCGCCAGUUUUAUGGGAUGGCAAGAGAGCUCAAGAAAUUAUGAAUAUAAAUGCUGAUCUCACUUCCACCCAUCAGCAGUACCUCUACCUUCAGCAGACCUCUGAGGCACUUGCCCAGGAAUUCCAAUUCAAGGCAGAGACAGCCAGCAUAGAGCAGGACCUUCAGCAUAUCAAAGAUCAGCUGGAUCAAAUAGGCGAACAGUUAGCAGCUGCAACCCCUAGCAGCAGCAACCCAACGUUAAGUAAAAUUGUACAAGUAAUUACAGAUGCUCUAGCUUGGGCCAAACAGACAGAAUUUAACAUCAAAGGACGUCAGAAAAAGGUGUCUCUGCUUCCAGAAGAGGUGCAUCGACAGAUUAAAGAUUUAAAGAAAUUGCAGUCAGAUAUGAGCUCCAAGCAAGCCCAGUUAAAGGCUUUGGUUGAGGAAGUCAAUGAGCUUAUUCAUGACCUAGAUGAGGAGGAUGUUUCAAUGGUGACUUCAUCCUUGAAAACCCUAGAGGAUUUGUCCAAAUCAACAGCAGGAAAACUGGCCAAGGCAGUUCACGAGAUGGAGUCAGGGCUUCAAACCCGGGAGAAGAUGUCAGAGCAGAUAGCAGAUGUUGAUUCCUGGGUUGUUGGACAUCUCUGGAGGGAAGCUUUGAGGAGGGAGGAUUAUCAAAGUUUGAGUCCGGCAGACCUGGAUCGCAGGUUGAGGCAAAUCCAGGACACUCUUGGAGAGGCAGAAAAGCAGUCCGCUGUCACUGAAGCUCUUCUGAUGAAAAGCAAUGACAUUGCGUCAGAGCUACAUGUCUCAGAGAGUACUCAGCUCCAUGGAAGACUCACCAACCUUCAAGAAGACAUCAAGGGUAUUGUUAUCUAUGAGAAAGCAUGUUGCCAGAAAGUUAUGGAUGUCAUACAAAGCCAAGAAUCCUCUCAAAGGAAGGUAUCAUCUCUUGAGAACAGCCUGAGACAAAUGUUAGUUGAUUUAAAAAGACACAGGUUUCCUGUUACCAAGGAUACCCUCUCUGUUAUCGAACCCUUUAAACAGAUGAUUGUGGAGCGCAAAUCUCAGGUUGAACAAGUCAGUCCCUGUGCAGAGGACAAGAGAAGAGAGUUAUUAUGUGUUAUCACUGAACUGCACCACAAAAUGAUCGAUUUGGAUCUCAAAGCACAAGCUCAUGAAAGGUACUUGAGUCUUAGUCAGUGUAUUGAAGAUCUAAAGGAAGAAAUGGAGGCCCAGAUUCCAAGGACCAAAGAUGAGAGCAUCAACAAAGAGGAACGCUACAGAGCCUGUCAGAACCUACUGAUCCAAAUUCCUUUAAUACAACUCUUGUGUGAGGAAACUAGAGUUGAACUCCAGGAAAUCAUAGCAGAUCUUUAUCCAUCUCAGAUCUCUGCUGAACAAAUAAAACUCGAGCAAAUCUUGGAAAGUCUCAAAACCUCAGAAUUGACAGUGAACAAUAAUCUUCAGAUACUGGAAAGGGAUCUGCUGAAACAUAUUCACUACCCAUCAGAAAAGAGAGUCCUUCAGCAGUUCCUCAAAGACACUAAUGAGGAGCUAGAAAAGCCUUGUUGCAUUGAGCCAAAAGGAGGAGUGAUUGAAAAACAAUUAAGAAAGUGCCUUGUGCUCAGAAAGACUGUAGAAUCUAGAAUGCAUGUGCUUGAGUUUCUUGAAAAAAAGAUUGGAGCUCAACCUCCACAGGACUCCAAACAGCUUACUUGCUUGAAAGAUAUGGUUUUGGAAAGGUGUGAUCAACGAAUGGCAAGUUUAACUAAAGCCAAAGAACUGUUAAGGAACUACACCAAGGCAGUGAUUGAUACCAUUCGGUUCCUCCAAAAAGCUGCAUUGGUCCUUCUUCCCUCAAUCUGCUCUGCUAGAAGCUGCUCAGAAAGACUCAAAGACACUCAGCAGGCUUUAUUGACACUAGACACAGAGUUCCAGUCACAUAUUUCACAGCUCCAAUCUCAAAACCCACAGCAUCCCUGCUUCAAUCCACAGCAAACUGAAUUUCUACACAUAGAGCUUUUAGGCGAGCUCUUGGUCAAGCUAUCGACCCUCAAGGCCCAGGCCCAAAUACAUCUAGAAUCUCUGAAGAGGUGUGUUGCGUGCCAGAAACAUUCUCGUAAAUGCUAUGAGGAGCUUUGCCAGCAAGUGAGAGACUCAGAAACAUUGUUAUCACAAUGUGCUUCCAAAAAAAAUACUUCACACAAAGACUGCAAAGACCAGCAACUGAAACUCAAGGCUGUAGGGGAAGAGGUUGUCAUGCUUCUUGGAAAACUGGAGAAUCUGAGAGAAUGGUGUUCACUAUAUGGAUGUAGAGCCAACAGGGAGAAUGCAGUGAGUGCUGUCUGGGGGCAAGUGGCAAGAUUGCAGCGCUGUGCCAAUGAUCUGCAGACACGCUCAGGACAAAUGGAAGCCGAGUGGAGCUGUGUCACAAGGAGUGUGGAGCAGGCAGCCGGUGUGUUGGAGCAGGUGGAUGCAGAACUUCCAGACAGCGGCAGAAAGAAUCUGACUGGUGAUGAGCUGCAGGAACUGCUGCUAUUCUAUUCCCAGUACCAAGACAGACUGGACUGUGAACACAGAGCUCUCUCUGCAUUGGAAUUAAGAGCUGCAAGGUUGCUUGGUGUCCCCCCACACCUGGAACAGGCCCCACCCAUUGAACUGUGCCAGAAACUUCAUGCCCUGCAGGAGCGUUACCAUAGUCUGAAGGAGCGGAGCACUCAGGGUCAGAGGGCAGUAAGAACAGAGGUGGAGGAAAGGGGACGAGUGCAGGAGCAACUGGAGGGAGUCAGAGAAUGGCUGGAAUCUGCCACUUCCCUCCUCUCUGUACUAGAGCACGAACCCAGCAAGAAACAGCUACAGGAGGUUCACUCACAGCUAUGUACCCAAAAGGCCGUUCUGCAGCGUAUUUCAGAAAGCUUGAAAAUGAUGUACUCUGACAAAAACACAUCGAUUCCAGAAGAGAUAGAGGGACUGUUACAGGAAGUCUCGCAGUCAUUACAGGAAAUGGAGGAGCAGGUGAAGACAGCCGUGGAGAAAAGUGGCCCACUUCAUAGGCUGGGUGCUAAAAUCUCAGAGAUUAAAGCAGGUCUGGGAUCAGUUCAAAGCUGGUUGGAGCAGAAGAGCCAGAACUUCAAUGAAGCUGAGAGCACACAAAAGAGAGUCUGGGACGAGCUGGAUAAUUUACACACUCGUUUGACGGCAGUUGAGGUGGAGCUUCAGGACGUGAGUGAAAUGCAUCCGGACGAGACCCGUCUGAUUCUGGACAACCUGGCCAACACUCAGCAGACCCACACACGCCUCACCAAACAGGCUGAACAGAGAACCACCUUCCUCAGCAAGGUCCGUGACUGGCUGCAGGAGCAUGAGGAGAUGGUGAAGGGGUCACAGAGCUGGAUCUCCGAGGCUCAGUCCUGGCUUACGACACCCUGCACAUACACCACUGCCAGAUGCCUCGACAGUCAUGUGAACGCACUGCAGAUGGUUCUGGAUGAUUCUGCUCAGAUGAGACGGGCUCUACAGGGUUUCAGCAGUGUGCUGACAGAGAUGGGAAGUGUGUUUGAUGUCAGUCCAUUAGAGGAGCAGCUCUCAAAUGCUGAUCGACGUGUGGCAGACAUGCAGCACAGCCUUCUGGGACCCCUCUCUCAGCUGGAGCAUGCAGCAGCAGAAGUGGAUGCCAUUGAGACAGAGGUGAAGGUCAUGGAGAAAGAUAUAGCCAAAAUUAAAUCUACUCUGACUACCAAAGAAGAUAUCAGCCAAGAAAAUCUUAAGGCAACAGAAGACAGGAUUGACCUAAUGAAAAGGACAGUAGCUGAGAUCCAGAACUGUAAGGAUGGUCUGUGUCUUCCUGACAAAGCUGAAAACACACUCCUAGUGUUCAAAAGAGCAGAACUACUACAGAAACAGCUGCUGGAACUAGAGCAGCUGGCCCUAGAAUACUCAGUUGAGGUUCAGGAUAUUCCUGGCCCGGCCCCAAGUGUUCCGCCCACUAUCACUGAGGAAGAGACACAGGAGAGUGGUCAGAUUCAGAUUGUGCAUGUUGAGGAGGAUGUGUUGAGAAAAUCAGGAGCAACGCUGAUGACCGUGGAGCAAUCCACACCGGAGCAGAGACUCACCUGGAUCUCUGAGAAGAGCAUCCAUAUCCCCACAGAAACACAGGAGUCUGAUGAAGAGGAGGAGCUCUUUGAAGACGUAGAAGAGGGUGAAGAUGACGCUUCUGAUGAAAGCAAAGAAGAAUGUGAAGUUCACAUAGAAAAUGAGGACGACGAGGCAAGACGAAGGUCGCCCGCCUCUCUGAAUUCUGAGGCUUACUUCUGCCUGACCACGGAGGACGAUGUUUCUUCUACAGAACAGGUUUUGGAGCAAGCAGAAGCAACAGACUCUAAGGUAGAAGUAGAUCCAUCUGUGGCCUCGGGAACAGGUGUGUCUUUAUCUGAAGCGGACGCCACAGAGGAAAGCCAGUCUCUCCCUGCGGACAUGGAGCAGGGUGCAUGGAGGGGGGAACAGACGCCACACACCAGUGACACACACACACUCAUGACCCUCCCAGAAAACACACACAAACAUCCAGAGUCACAAGCCCCUCCCACAGAAACAGAAGACACGUUGACCUCACCUAAUGUCAUGACCUCUAGUGAAGAGGUGGGCGGGGCCUUAGAAAAACUUGUAGGAUUCUCAGAAAUGCAUUCCACAUCCAGUCAACAGAGCCAUUUAGAUGAGAUCCCAUAUGUUCUUACAAAUACACCAUCAGCCAAAACACACACUCCAUCAGAUGGAGACCAUAGGUCAGACAGCAGAAGCAAACACGACACACACACACCGAUCGCAGUCAAACCCCACCUGGAGAAGACAGAGCCGUUGGCUGCAAGCACAUCUUUGGCGGACUCUGCUGGAUGUCUGUCCGGUGACGGGCUGCUCCAUGCCUGUCGUGAGAGGACGGAACAGCUGGAGGAGUGUUUGGAGAGAGCACAGGUCAGCCUGGAGGGGUCGAGAUGGCAAGCUCGGGACGCAGACAUGCAGCACAGCAUUGAGCAACAACUUCACACCUGCCAGACAAUUCUGGUGGAGAUUGAGCAGAGGAUCUCCAUUCUUCCUGCAUGUGGACUGAAAGAACAGGAGCAACUCGAGGCUGAAUGGCUCAACAGCAAACUCCAGCUGCUGAAGAACAGACUGGUGACGGUGCAGUUACAGCUUCAAGACAGACAGAGCGAAGAUCAGGUGCGUGUUGAGAGUCAGAGCCCCCUACAGGCCAGGAGGACUCGCAGCAGUAGUGUGCAAGAGAUGUUGAGUUCCUCUAGAACAAAACUGUUCAGACAAAGCAGCCUUCAACAACAAAGGCAAUUGGAGCAUGGUUUGAAUGAACAGAGGGAUCUAACUAAAGCUAUUGCAGUUCAGUGCAGCAAAGCCCGAACACAAAACCAGAGCACAGACGCAUUUACAGGGCCUUUGGCAGCAAAAGAGAAUGAAGACAAGAGACAGGAAGUAGAGUUAGCAGUCCACAGGAAGUGGACACAUCUCUGCAGCAGACUGACCAAAACAGCAGAGACUGAACAAGAUGGAGAUAAAGAUCAGGAUUCUUCUGAGAUCCUUGCUCCAUCGGUGUGUUUGUGGAGUGGAGCUGCUGUUUCUCUCUGUCUGCAGGAGAUUCAAUCCAACAUUUCACAACUUAAAGAACUGCAAAACGCAGCAGCUACGCAGGACCAUCAGUCUCUGGAUGAAGGUCUGUUUGAAGUGUUGAGUGGAGUUAAUCUCACUCUCAGCUCUCUCACACACACUCUCGAGUUUCAGCCAGCAACCUCACACACUGACAGACUAAACCAGCUGCAGCAGCUACAGAGUUUGUCUGCAGAGCUGAGCUCCUUGGGUGCCAUAUUGACCUCCCAGGGGUCAGAGGUCAUAAAGUUGUUAGGUUCGAGUUCAGAGGAAUCCUCCACCUGUUUUGACCUGCUGACGCAUCGUGUAUGUGACAUUCAAAAGACUCUGGCCGAAAAACAGGAGCAGCUACAGGAGCGAAUAAAUCACUCGACUCAGCUGCAGAAGAGAGUGAAAGACCUGCAUGACUCAGUACUAACUAACACGCCAAUCCUUCUCCCUACAACUAACGGAGAAACUCACCAUGAUCUUCACACACAGCUGCAGGCUGUCAUUGGACGCAAACAGGAAGUGGAGCAGAGCGAGAGAAAGCUUGCAGAACUCCGAGACGAGUCAGAGAGUCAAGAUCAGCCUUCAUCCCUCACACAGCAGCUUAGCACACUGGAGGAGGUCUUGGACAGUGUUUGGAGUGAUCUAGAGCAGCGCUGUGGAACUGUUCAGUGGAGUCUCGAUCAACAGCAGAUGAUUGAAAAAAUACUGAAGGGUCUGCAGAUGCUCCUGAAUCUUGGGAGAGAGAAACUCGCCUGCACCUCUCAGCUGGAGUUUAAGAAUCCAGCUCAACUCCAGACACACCUCAGCAAACACACGGUGUUUUUCCGAUCUCUGGGUGCCCACCUGCGGACACUGCAGCAACUGAGUGUGCGGAUCCCAGACGGCGCCUCCUCUGGCUGGGAGACUGAGGUGUCUGAGGUGGAACGUCAAGUGUCCAGUGCCCUGCAACAGGCUCAGGCUGUUGGCACUGUACUGCACUCCGCACUGCAGAUUUGCACUCAUUGGGAUGAAAAUUAUUCCUGGUUAGCAACACUGCUGCAGAGGUUAGAGACUCAGCUUCCCAUAACUCCUCUGUGGGAUCAAACUGAAGGGCAGCUCAGUGAGAAUAUUUAUGUGUAUCAGAGUGUGUUAGCGGUUCUGGAGCAGAACAGAGCACGUAUCGGUCUGGUUCUGGAUGAGGGCCGUAGACAGCUGGAGCAGAUUUCUAGUAGUGAAGUCACUGUUCCUGUACACAUAUUGGGUGUGUCUACAGCAAGCCUGGAACAGCGAUUGGCUGCACUAAAGAGGAGGGUGGAGCAAGGACAAGACUCCACCCACCAUCUUAAGAACCUUUGGAACAGGUACCAUACCGAUUUGGAGGCUUUGAAUGAGUGGAAAGAACGAGCCAGAGAUCGCCUGCAUGCAUGGAGAGAUCAUUUGAACUUGGCUGAACAGGAAGCGGACGCCCUCUCCCAAUUUCAUCACUUUAUAGAAUUCAUUAAGGAGCUGGAGGUGAAAUCUGCUCUAAAGGCAUCGGUGAUCAGUUCUGGAUCAUUGAUCCUGUUCCUCAGUGAAAGAGAACAUAUCAUUAAAACACAGAAGAUCAGCAGAAGCUCUAGUGCUCCAAGAACAUCCACUCCCUCCGGAAACACAACAAUCUCUGAAGAUCUAGAGCCAAGUGAAACUGGCAAUCUCACCUCAAACGACCCUGAAGACUUUCCUUCAGAAACCAACUUUUCCUCUAUUCAAAACACCUCAGAAGAAACUCUUUCAACCACAGAGAGAUCAUAUGCAAACAUCACGAAUGAAGGUGUUAUCGCUGAGGAAGCGACGUCAUCUGCACUUGAUUUGUCUGUGAAACAAGAGAUGGUUCUGUCCCCUGUUCUUCUGACUCUACAGUCCCAGCUGUCUCAGGUGGAGCAAGACUGGGUGGAGAUACAGACACACAUACCCGCCGUCCAACAGAGACUGCACCAGAGUGUGGUGGGGAGCCUGUCUCCUGAAGGGCUGCUGGCUGAUGUGUGUGGCUGGAUUACAGGUGCUGAGAACAGGUUACAGGCGGCUGAACGAGAAGGUCACUGCACAUUUACCGCCGCAGAGCUCACACACCUGCUCAGAACUUAUCAGGAGAUGAAGAGAGAGAUGACAUGUCAGGAGAUGUCUGUUGACUAUAUUAAUCAGUGUGAGCUGAAGCAGGUCGGUUUUGACUCUCACACCUGCAGGUACAAACACACAGCAUUUGCUGAAAGCCUGGGACAUGUCAGUCUGCGCUGGCUUACUCUACAGGCUCACCUGAAAAAACAGAUUCUACAUGUUGAAGAACAGGUGAGGAUAAGAGCAGAGCGAGAUAACAAACUACACAUCCUGCAGCGCUGGGUCAAAGGUCAAAAACAAUGGAUCCGAUUGGCUGAAAGACCCUUCAGUCGCUCAUUUGCUGAGAGGAGCCUGAAGGAAUGUGAAGAACUGGAGGAAAAAUUGAAGGACAAAUUCACUGUACUUACUGAGCUGGGAAAGAGGAGAUUUACCACUGAUGAAGAGGAUAGGGAUAAAGACUUUGUCUCAAAAGCUCAAAAGCUCUCACAGUCUUUGACAUAUCUUUCUCAACAGAGUAAAGGUCUUGGAAAUACCCUGAGGGAGCUGUGUAAGGUGUGGUCUCAGUUUGAAAGUGGGAGGAGCCAGGCAACUGUAAACACAAUGAGGAUCUGCCAAUCACUAGAGUAUUACCACACUCCUCUGCCCUCCCUCGGCGCUCUCCAGAACAACAUUGAUAAGCUACAGGUCUUAAAAGCUGACACAGAGGAGGGUGACAGACAAUGGGAGGAUCUUAACAAGACAACAUCUGUCCUUAUUGGUGGAAUUAGCACAGACUCUGCCCAGAUAAUAUCUGAGCACCUAGAAAAAGAAAAAUCAAGGUGGUCAGAGAUGAAGGAAAAGGUCAUACACACCUUGAAAAGGUCACACAGUCUUCUGAAGGUGUGGCAGAGAUACUCGGAUAUGAGAAGCACCUGCUCAGAGCAGCUCCGACGCCACAGAGAACAGCUUGCCAUGCACAACAAAACACCUGCUGACAAUAAACAACUCGCACACAGCAUCGCAGAGAUGGAGACUAUGUUACAGAAAGGUUCAGAGACUCUGCAGACUGAUGUUCAUGAAAUGCUUGAAGCGUCUAAAGAUCUGAUUGAACAGGUGGAUGAUGAAGAUGCAGUUUUCAUCAGAUCAGAAUGUCGUUUGUUAACACGAGGUUACCUGCAGUUAGAACAGACUCUAAAAGGACGAAUUGAACACAUGCAGGAGGAUCUUGAGCAGUUUGAGGAAUUUGAAAGGCUAUACCAGUCCCUCGAAACACAAUUACAACAGUGGGAAAGCAAGCAAAGGAUGUACAGUGAACACACAGACAUAUCUCAGUUGGGUCUGAUGGAGAUCAGUUCUCUCUCUCCUGAUCUGGAUCUUCUAAACACACUCAGCUACAGGCUGACCCUUAGUGACCCCAUGACACAGAAGCUACAGCACCUCAACAGGAAGUGGGCACAGGCCUCGGCACAUGCUCAGGAGAAGUGCAGUGAGUUGCAGGCAGCCUCACUCCAUCGGCAAAGCUUUGAGCAGAGAUGUGAGAGCUGGAUGGCUUUCCUACAGCGCAUGGAGGACAGUUUAGCUGUAGAAAUUGCAUCAACUUACCCUGGACUAAGAGAACAGCAAUGCACACACCAGUGUUUUCAGGCUGAGUUGUCUUUAGGCCAUCAGAUCCUUCACUCUGUGAUCAGUGAAUCUCUCCUCCUGUUGCAAAAGGGAGAUGUGGAGGACAGGAGCGACUUCUUGUUAAAACUGUCCCAGCUGAGAGAGCACUGGCAGGGGGCGGUGCAGAGAGCGGCUCAACGACGUGCUCUUGUGGAAGGGCUCAUACAGCAAUGGCACCUUUAUACACACACAAUGCACAAACUCCGCAAACUUCUCACACUCACACACACACUCCUGUCGCCUACCAGUCCCACGCACUGUAGCGUCCUGCAGCUGUGCCUCUUGCUGGAUGAUCUGAAGCGAACAGAGCUGUUGUUUCAAAGGUCGAUCUCUGCAUAUCUGUGUGUGAUGGAGGUAGGCAGACAGCUGUUCUCAGUGAGUGACACGCAGACGCAGAUGCAGCUGCAGACAGACCUGGCUGCUCUGCAGGAGGAUUGGGAGCAAUGUCAGUGCAUGCUAGGAAAAAGAAAAAUACUCACUUCUGACAUCAUAAAGAAGUGGGAGACCUGUGAGACCAGACUAGCAGAUCAGGCGCAGCGCCUGGAUGUGCUACGAGCCAGACUAAAGCAGUUGAUCCCAGAUCAGCAAGAGGAGAUGGAAGAAGAACGCCUCCUUGUGAAGGAGGUUCAGGAUUGUUUAGAGGACUGGGCCGUCAGUCUUUCCGAGCUCAGCACCAUGAAGACGGACCUGUCCCAGUACAUCCUUACUGAUGACGUCCUCCUCCUGCAGGAGCAAGUGGACCAUCUGCACUGUCAGUGGGAAGAACUCUGCCUCAAGGUGUCUCUGCGUAAGCAGGAGAUUGCUGACCGGCUGAAUGCCUGGAUCAUAUUCAAUGAGAAGAAUCGGGAGCUGUGUGAAUGGCUGACACAGAUGGAAAACAAGGUGGCGCACAGCGCCGAGCUCAACAUCGAGGAGAUGGUGGAGAAACUCAAGAAGGACUGCAUGGAGGAGAUCAACCUCUUCAGUGAGAAUAAGACACAUCUGAAACAACUGGGAGAACAACUCAUCACUGCUAGCAACAAGACCAAAGAGACAGAAAUAAAUGACAAGAUCAAGGACAUCAACGACCGCUGGCAGCAUCUGUUUGAUCACAUCGAGGCCAGGGUGAGGAAACUAAAGGAGACAUUGGUGACAGUGCAACAGCUGGAUAAGAACAUGAGUAAUCUCCGUACCUGGCUUUCCCGUGUUGAGGGUGAGCUGGCAAAACCUAUCAUCUACACCAUCUGCCACAAUGAUGAGAUACAGCGUAAACUAACAGAGCAUCAGGACUUGCAGAGAGACAUUGAACAGCACACAGAGGGUGUGACAUCUGUUCUGACGCUGUGUGAUGUUUUGCUGCAUGAUGCGGACGCUUGUGGCAGCGAUGGAGAGAACGACUCCAUUCAGCAGACCACGCUCAGCCUGGACCGUCGCUGGAGGAACAUAUGUGCCAUGUCCAUGGAAAGGAGGAUGAGGAUUGAGGAGACAUGGCGUCUGUGGUGCAAGUUCCUGGACGACUAUGCACACUUUGAAGAGUGGCUGAACACGGCAGAGCGCACAGUGGCCAACCCCGCCACUAAAGAUGUACUCUACACCUGUGCUAAAGAGGAACUCAAAAAGUUUGAGGCGUUCCAGCGUCAGGUCCAUGAGCGUCUGACUCAGCUGGAGCUGGUGAAUAAACAAUACCGGCGUCUGGCACGAGAGAACCGGACAGACGGUGCCAGUAAGCUGAAGUUGAUGGUUCAUGAAGGAAACCAGCGCUGGGAUUUGCUACAGAAGAGAGUUGCUGCUCUGCUCCGCAGGUUAAAGCACUUCACAUCUCAGCGGGAAGACUUUGAAGGAACAAGGGAGGGGAUUCUGGUCUGGCUGACUGAGAUGGACCUUCAGCUCACUAAUGUGGAGCACUUUUCAGAGAGCGAUAUCCAUGAAAAGAUGCGUCAACUAAACGCAUUUCAGCAAGAGAUCACUCUGAACACAAAUAAGAUUGAUGCGCUGAUUGUGUUUGGAGAGAACCUGAUCCAGAAGAGCGCUCCACUGGACGCUGUACUCAUCGAAGAUGAACUAGAGGAACUGCACUCCUACUGCCAGGAAGUAUUUGGCAGGGUCUCCCGAUUCCACUAUCGUCUUAUCAGCAGACGCCCGGUGAUUGAGGAGGACCGAGAGUUCUCAGACAGAGACACAGAUCCGGAAGACUCGGCUGAUUUCAGUGGGGUGUGGGAGAGGGAAAGGGAGGAAGAUGAGGCUGCUAUGGGAUCCGAUGUUUCACUGACAGUGCGUCAAGCCGUGUCCCACCUGUUACCACCUGCUCUGGAGCGCUCAGGGCGUGAGACGCCCGUCAGUGUGGAUUCUAUUCCGCUGGAGUGGGACCACACCGUUGAUGUGGGAGGAUCUUCAUCUCCAGAGGAUGAUGAGGAGUUGACGUACUACAGUGCCCUAUCUGAUGUAGAGGUCACUGAGAGCUCUCAGUCAUUUGUUAAAGCUACAUCUAAAGCUCUGAAAGCUGUGUCCGGGGGAAGAUCAGUGGUGGAGACGUGGCACUCUCCUGAUGCGCCGGACAGGACACGAGUGAACCGAGAGAUCACCAGCACACAGUACCACCCACAGGCCUAUGAUAAACUCAUGUCUGAGUGUGCUGGCAGUAUAGACAGUAUAAAGCGAGUGAAGCUGAUUCUGAAUGAGGAAGAACAACAGGAGGAUCAGGGACUGACGGUCCUCUCUGCGGGAGAUAAGACAGGUGUGAUCGAGCGAUGGGAGCUCCUGCAGGUGCAGUCGUGCGGCGUGCCACAGGAUCUUCAGCAGUGGCACAGACUGACCUCUGACCUCAGCGAUGUGAUGACAUGGCUGAACGCUGUGAUGCCUGAGCUAGAGAAACUUCAAACUCUAGAGCCAAAAAUCACCAUCAGAGACAUGGAGAGCAAUAUCCACAAACUUAAGGACAUGCAGAGGACUUUUAACGGCUACAAAUCGGUGAUGAUUGGUGUCAAUCUCAGUGGGCGGGGCUUCCAGCAUGGAGACAGCACUGAACUACGAGAACUGCGUGAGAAUCUGCAGUUAGCCAAUCAGAAAUGGGCACAGGCCUGUGCGGCCCUGGACAGCUGGGAGCACCGACUGCAUCAAGCACUCAUGGAGUGUCAGGAGUUUCAUGAGACUCUUCACUCUCUGCUGCUGUGGUUAGCUAAAGCAGAAAGCCAGCGCUACAUGGUCAACAUCCAUGACACAAACACAGACCUCAACAUCCUGGAAGAGCAUCGAGACACGCUCAAGGCUGUUCAGCAGGACUUGCAGUCUCGUGAGGGGGAAGUGAACUCCCUGCAGGAGAUCUCCUCACAGAUCCUGCUACAGGACCAGAGAGAAGACACCCUGGAGGCCAAAGAGAAGGUUCACGUCAUCAGCAACAAGUUACGGCUGCUGAUCAGACAGAUCGCUCACGACCUGCACACACUGCAGAGCAGACUGGACUCGUCGGGUCCAAAUGUGGGCGGGACAGGAUCAACACAACACCAGGAAGUCGCAGAGGCUCAGGAUGUUCCACGGGGAUCUCCCGCGAGUGUCAGGGCCGAUAAGGCUGAUUGGUCCCCGGCGAGGCCGUUCCUGUAUCGUGUCCUGCGGGCAGCUUUUCCCCUCCACAUCCUCUUCCUGCUGCUGCUGGUUGUGGCGUGUCUGGUGCCUCUCUCAGAGGACGACUACAGCUGCACUCUCUCCAACAACUUUGCCCGAUCCUUCUACCCCAUGCUCCUCUACACCAACGGACCCCCGCCCACAUGAGCAUGAACACAUGGCAUCAGUUGGGAUGUUGUCCCGGGUUAACUCUCCUGUUGCAGAACCUGUAGCUCUGGAGUUUAGGUUUUAGUGUCCGAAUCUGUCGCUCAAGGAGAAGGUCUUUCUGAAGCAAUCUGAAACCUGUCUUCCUGGAGAACACUGACGGCAAGGGUCCCUCAUUGAAGGUGCGCUCUAACUGUUUUUAGAUGUAGCAGGGCACAUUAAACAAAUGUAUUUAUUUUUUAAAUGUAAAUGACAGAUAAUUGAACCUAUAGUUCGCUCAUUGACGGCCUGUAUUUUUGAACUAGAAUCCCAGUGUAUAUGUGUGAGAGAUGAUGGGACUUCUUGAAUAUCAGUUGUGUUCAUACUGUCUUGUUUCUUGGAGUCAAUGAUGAAUAUAUUUUAUUUGUAGCUGCCGUUUCUUUGGUUAAAGCCGUGGAGAAGAGACAGAGGCAUCAGGGUGUGUGCAAAUGUAAUAGUCUUUUAAUUUAUUCAGUCUAACAUUUGGUGGCUUGUGUUGUUUUCAAUUGUGCAUGUGUGAAUAAUGCAAAACUGCUGAUAUUUUUUUAUUAUAAUUGGUAAAUUAUCUCAUUGGAGAUCUAAAUUACAUCUGAUUAUGUUCAUCGGUAGAAUUUCUCUGGCUGGAGACUUUUUUGUUUUGCAAAAACGUCCCAUAGAUACACAUAUGUAUCCACAUGGGCUUUUAUGUUUAUUUACCCACAUAGUUGAAUAUCAGUUGUGAUAGUAAUUACAUGGUAAAAAGUCAAUCAUUUGCUCGUACUAACUGCCAAAGUCUCAGAGACUUCAUAUUACUUUUUUUAUGCUGUUCAUUUGAUGUUUUUAAUUGAUUUAUUAUAGUGAGUUACAUUAUGGGUCAACUGAAAUAGACUAUGAUAUAAAUAUUCAUUAAUCACAGAAAAAACAUUUACUUUAUUAUGAAUUUAUUUUACAGCAAACUUUGCACUGACGGUGUCAAACAUUGGUUGAAGAGAAUAGAAAGUUAGAUGUGAUUUUGGUGCUUUUUUUUUGCGUUUGAAGUCAAUUUUACUACAAAUAAACAUCAAAUACAAAUAUG